AGCUCUUACUGGUCUUAGUAAAAGACUCGGAAAUCCACCGAACCAAGCCAUCACACAAGAUCAGGCUCUUAAGGAGAAACGUUUGAAAAAAUGCCCGGAAUAUGUACUGGGGCAAACUAUGCUGGAGAAUGCUGGCGAAGAUGGUCUUAUGAGUUUUGCACUGGUAGAAUGUGGACGAGUGCAAAUGUCAUUAGCUAAUGAAACUGUUGAACAUGAAGCUAAAGUCGAACAAUACGUAGCUGCACCACUGCAACAUAUUUUAGACACUGAUGUACCAAAUAUAUUGAAGCAUAAAAGAAAUCUAGCGCGCCUCAUUUUAGAUAUGGAUAGCGCCAGAACAAGAUAUUUUCAAGCAAUGAAACACAGUACUGGUGCAGGUGCAACAAAAAUAGAUAUGUUAAAGGAAGAAUUGGAAGACGCCGAGUCGAAGGUUGAACAGUGCAGAGAUCAGUUGGCUGCAGAAAUGUUUCAACUCAUGUCUAGAGAGACUGAAUUAGCUCAGACAAUUAUCCAGUAUAUAAAACUUCAGCGAGCAUAUCAUGAAAGUGCAUUGCAUUGCCUUGAAGAUCUUAUACCUGGAUUGGAGAGCUAUAUUAAUGAUAACGAAAUGAAGCCGGUCUAUGGAUAUCCUCUUGAAGAACAUCUGAGGGUAACGAACAGGAAGAUUGCACUGCCCAUACAAUUAUGUGUAUCUGCAUUGCUGCGUUUGGGUAUAGAAGAAGAGGGUUUGUUUAGAAUAGCCGGCGCUGCGUCGAAAUCACGACGGAUUAAGUUGAGUUUGGACGCCUGCUGCCUCACUUUAACAACGGCCCUCGAAUACAAAGAUCCCCAUGUUAUCGCCGGAGCGUUAAAAUCGUACUUGCGGGAGUUGCCGGAGCCUCUGUUAACAUACAAAUUGUAUCACGAAUGGAUGGCUGCUGCGAAAAUCGCACACAGCGACACGAGGCUGCGAGCUCUCUGGGAGGUAUUACACAAGCUGCCACCGGCGAACCUGGAAAACCUGCGGUUUUUAAUUAAGUUCUUAGCUGUGCUUACGAAGAAUCAAGAUGUAAAUAAAAUGACGCCACAGAAUAUCGCCAUCGUCAUCGCGCCAAAUCUGAUUUGGAGUCCGCAAGAGGAUUCCAACACGAUGGUGAUGAAUAUGAGCACUGCGAAUAACUCUAGUCUUAUAGUAGACCAAUUAAUUACAUAUGCGGAUUGGUUUUUCCCCGGCGAGAUGGACUUCGAUCGCGACCUGGACAUCGGUCUCAUAAACGAUAUGGAGAACCAGACCGUCGGGAUGCGUCGUUGCGUAUCCAACAGUAGUCUCAGCGAUCACGGCGAAAGUCCGACGCAGGGUAGUCCAAAACCAGCGGCGCGUCGAAAAAAUAAACCGGCGCCAACGCCACCAAGUGGCAACACUCCGGACAGACACGAGAGAAGAGACGACCGACCACCCCCAACACCGGACAAACCACCGAGAGUUUUGACAUCUACUUUGAACCGAUCAACGUAUAAAGCUCAGAAGCACGAAGUAACCACCGAGUUAAUACGACACGAGAGUAGCGUAGAAAAGCACGAGAAGCACUCGGAGGCGGACGCGAAGGCGCAUUCGGCCUCGGAGUCGACGGAGAUUUAUUCUGCCGAUAAUUCUGAACGGUCGCAAGAGACCGGUACUCACCAAAGUGAAGUCUUAAACUUCAAUGAUACGGAGAAAAAUAUUCAAGAGCUACAAAGACACGAUUCGAAAAUACAUAUACCAAGUUUAAAGGAGAAACCAAAUGGAGGCUCGUUUGACAAUGCCAAAACAAACGCGGAAGUCGAACAUAAUGAAACUGUCGUGCAGAAGCCAAAACCAGUGCCUACGGAAAAGCCAUCCACGUUAGAAAGGAGAAGACCGGUCGCCGCGCCGAGAAGUAUAACGAAUAUCACACAUAACUCAGAAGAAGGAGUCGAAUUACGUAAAAAGUCAGAUAGUAUUACGAAUACGCAUGUAUCCUUGAAUGAAAGAAGCAGUAUGAAACCGGCGAUCCCUGAGCGACCGCCCGGUUUAGUUCGCCCGUCGAGUCUCAUCAGGCAGCAGCCACGUUCCAGCAAUGAGAAUUCAGAAACGGAUCCAGGGCAGGUCAGUAUAAUACAAGUGCGUGGCGGGAACAACGCCAUCCCGGGCGAGAGCACUGGCAACACGGCAACUUCGAACUUGCAGAGAAGCCCAAGCGUGGGUAGCAGGCCGUCGUCGAUGUCGUUGUACGGCACUGAACGCCCGGAGAAGCCCGAGAAGCCGAACGCGCCGCAUGAGCAAGCGAAAGCGCACGCGCGAACUAGAUCGGAAGGUAACAUAGUGGACGUCCAAACGCAGACCAACACGGUGGUGACCGUCCUCAAGUCACCGCAGCAGAAACCGGCCUCGCCGCGAGUUCAUCAGCGACCGCCGAGGCCGCAACCGCCGCCGCCGCCGCCGCCCACCACACGGCCUAAAUCGGACCAAGAGAGCACUAAUCUCUAGCGGUGCUCGGUACGAAGAGAGAGACGAUUGCGAUCUUGAAGGGGCUCUCGAAGGUUCAGCGAUGUCUUAAUCGUCAAAAACGGUGUUUCACACAUGACAAUAUGUCACCAAAUUUAUAAUGUGGAUCGUAAGAACACAACGGACAUUUUUCGAUCGAUGAAAAGUAUCAUGAUUACAUUUAUGAAGGAACAUCGAUGUCGUCGAGGAUUAAAGAUGAGGCAAGUGUGCACAUAAGUUUGAUAAUAUUCGGACAAAGUUAAUCUAUUUUUCCCGUGAUCUCUCCCUAUUUAUAUAUACAACUUCUUAUUGUUAUUCCGACGGAUAAUCCUUAGAGGAAGCGUUUCGACAAUGGCUAUUGUGCGAAAACGAAAAGAGGAUCCACGUAUGCAUUUGAACGUUUGCAGCUUUUAGCACGUUGUGUGUUAUAUCCAAACCAUUUUAAGUACAUACCUAACUUCAUAAACGAUCAUAUAAUAUUUUUACAGCUUACUAUCGACUUUUAUACUUAUUGCAAAUAAGGAGAAAAAAGUAUCGUUCUAAGAGUUUACAUCGGAUUUCCACUGUGAGCAUCGACGCGCACAAAGCUCGGUGUGCUCAAUAUGCAUUCAAGCGUAAUUACAAAAAAAAAUUGAUUUUGUCUUCACAAAAUCAUUAAGCAACAGCGUCAACGAUUAAAAUACGAAUUUUUAAUUGGUACGUCCAUUGAGAGAAGAAUUAACGUUCGAAAGGACUGACACGAUCAGUAAGUUGGAAUUGAUUCAACGGGUGAUAUUUAUUAGUGAAGAUCGUUUGUUAAUAGUUGUAAAAUGCCGGAAAACAAGAACAUGUCCGCGCUUUAUAUUUGACCGAUUUGAUGUGUGACUCUGAAUUACUGUUAAAUGCCUAAAAGUGAAAGAAGGACUUUUCAUACAGGUAAACAUUAAUUUUUAUACGUUUCAAUUAUGGAGUAUUUCCAUGCAAUGAACUCGUGAUCCCGGGAUUAGAUAUACAUACAUAUACAUACAUAUCUUAUAACAGAAAGUUAUCAAUCUUAAAAUAUGAUAUCAAAGUUAUAUAAAACUGAUAGAAUCAUUAAAUUUUGCAAUGUUUUAACAAUUUCGUAUAUUAUUUAAACAAGAUAUGUUACAUAAAGUGUCCAAAAGAUCUCGGGUUUGUUGUACUUUAUUCUAAAGAGAAUGCUAGAUUUGUCAAAUUUAGACUUAACGUAUUAAAAUUUGUUUACAUACAUACGCUCGAAUAUAUCUUGAUACUUGCAAAUUGAGAUCCGAAAAUAUUUUGGAGUAUGUAUGUCAUUUUCAUUUAAAAGAUUUUGCAUGUGCAAUGAAUUCUAAUAAUUAAAAUUUUUUAAAUGAAAUCUACAUUAUAGUAUGUGUAGUUAUCUGUUACAAAUAAAAGUACAGUAUUAUUGAAUAUCCAUUUUUUAAUUAUGGAUGAGACAGAUUAUAUUACGUUAAAUAUGCUUAUAUUUUAUGAAAUUAAGAAAAAUAGAGUUUAUCAGAGUGAACUAUUGAUGAAAUAAACGUUUAAAUUAUAUAAUUGUAAGAGCGAUAUCGUUUUUUGUCAUUUAUUAGAUUUUAUUGUUGCUAUUGUUAAUUAACAAACCUUGCAUUCUCAACAAUUUUCUUGCGUCUAUAACAUGUGGAACUUUCAUCAUUUUGUAGUUGGUAUCGUUUACGAUAUUAAUUGAACAGCAAAUUAUAACAAUCUAGCCAAAUGACAAAUCACGCAUUUAUUCAAGGUGUGCUUAGGCUGUGAAUGUAAUGAAGGAGUUAUUUGUAUAUAAAUAAAGAUUUACUCUAUUAGAGCGGCGAAA